AUGAUCGAAGCUGAACCUUAUGAGCUCGGAAUGGCCUAUUAUUUUCGUAGGAGCGUUUUACUAUCUUGCCUCGUUACCCGUCAAGUCAAGUUCCUUCAACCACAAAAAUUAGCGUUUAAGAAUUCAAACCCUCAAUUCUCGCUUUCGAGAUCUUACAUAAACUCUACAUUUCAUUCCUCUCCUCCUAACACACUCUCCGAAGAAUCUACUUUAUCCUCCAACCUGAACAAAAACCUGGGUAAAAUCGGAACUGGCUUUGCAAAACGGCUUCCGACUGCUAUAUUUGCGAAUUUAGUUGUGGCUGGCGUUGUUUGUUUGGUAUCGGUGGAUCUUCUUUAUGCUGGGUAUCGGAAUAGGCGCAAUGAGCGUCUUCUUAAUGAGACCGUGGAAAAGGGCACUAGACCCGAAGUUGAUAUUUCAGAUGAUGAACUUGUUCCUCGACCCAAAAUUGUAGAACGUCUUGCAAAAAUUUUUCAACCAUAUAAAAAUCAGUCAUUUUACCAUGUGGUCUGCGGAGAACAUGGAACUGGGAAAACCACUCUAACUAGAAUUGCAUCAAAUGAAGUAGGACAGGUUAAGGACAAAGGUAUACAAGGUGGAAUGGGAGUCAUUUAUGUGGACAUUCCUGCGAAUUUCAAUGAAUUAGGUGAGGCUUUCGGAAAAGCCAUUAAUUUUGCAUUUGAGGAACAAAUUUCUUUUACAGGACAAUGGAUGCGAAAAAUAUUAGGUGAAAUUAAUGAUAAAUCUAAGAUUUCUGAAUGGGAAAGAGCUAUGAGAGCCUUUAAGCGUGCUUCUGCUGUGUAUAAAGCAAAGCAUGGAAAACCUCCUGUCAUUGUUUAUGACAAUGUUAGUCGAUUAGUACAUAAUAACCCGGAAAUCCUCGAUAUUCUCCAGGACGAUGCCAAGGACAAUGCUGAUGACCGAAAAUACAUCGCUGUGUUUGUUAGCAGUGAAGGUUCGGUGCCUAGAAGGAUGGAAUCUCGUAGUGCUUGGUCACGAGCAAAAAAACCUGUGAUGGAAAUCGGCGACCUUAGCAAGGAAGAAUCAAUGAAAUAUCUAACUGAGAAGCGCGAGAUCAAUGUAGUAGAUGCAAAAAAAAUAUAUGAAUUGGUUGGUGGACGCAUUGUAGAUCUAAAGACUGUGGCGGAUGAUUUUCUGGCCAAACAACCCUUUGAAGUCAUUAAACAGUCAAUUUUAGGUGAAGUUGAGAAGAAAUUUAAUAAUGCACAACUCCUCCGAAAGCAAUUGCAUCACGAAGUAGGAAAGAAAGCAAUCAGAGCUUUAUUAGACUCGAAAGAGUUGGGUUUUACAACAUUUAUGGAAUUUUUUGAUAACUAUGAAGAAGCUGGCAAAGUAUUAGAGACCAAUAUAUUUGCAUAUCAUCCUGAAAAAAACACUGUGACCUUCCAGUCUCAAUCAAUAGAAUGUUAUAUUCGGGAAAAGGCAGAUAUAUUCAUUAAAUAG